AUGCAGGCGAUCAGCAACCUCGCCGCAAAGCUCAUCGGCGACAAGAUACACGACGUCAGCCUUUCCCAUGGCUCCCUCAUCCUCGUCACCGGUGCAUCGGGAUACAUCGGCUCGCACGUAGUCAAUGAAGCCCUUGCCGCUGGCUUUAGGGUCCGCGGCACUGCCCGCACCCACGCAAAGGCCGAGCAUACCAAGAAGAUCUUCGGUCACAACCCGAACUACUCCACCGCCAUUGCCGCCGACUUCUCCCACGAAGGAGCCUUCGACGAGGCCGUCCAGGAAGUCGAUGCCGUCAUCCACGUCGCCAGCGACACCACCUUCGAUCCAGACCCCAACAAAGUCGUGAAGCCCACUGUCGCUGGUGUCCUCUCCAUCCUGCGCUCUGCCGCCAAGACCCCGUCGGUCAAGCAGUUUGUCCUCACUUCAUCAUCAUCCGCCGCCCUCUUGCCCCAUCCGAACAAGGAGAUGACCAUUACCGCCGACCACUGGGACCAAGAAGCCCUCGAUCUGGCAUGGGCUCCGCCGCCCUACAACUCGGACCGCGCCUUCCCAGUGUAUGCUGCCUCCAAGACCGAGGCCGAGAAGGCGUUCUGGAAGUUUGUCAAGGAUGAGAAGCCUCACUUCGUCGCCAAUGCCGUUCUGCCCAACUACAACAUGGGCCGCAUCUUGGAGCAUGGAUCUCCAGGCGCCACGGGAGAGGGCGUUCGAAGGGUUUACAGGGGCGAAGUUCCCACUACCACACCGCGUGAGUAUUCAAGCUUGCCGCCUACAAGUCCUCCGUGCUGACCAUCCUCAAGAGUACAUGAUCGAUGUGGUCGACGACGCCCGGCUCCACCUUAUUGCGGCCUUUGACCCUUCGAUCAACAACGAGCGCAUCUUUGCUUUCAAUGUACCCUUCAACUGGACCGACAUCAUCCACGCCAUCAAGCAGCUGCGCCCGAAUGCAAACACUUUACCCAGUCCACCGGAGAACGAGGGCCGAGACCUGAGCAAGGUGCCCAACCAGCUUGGCGCAGAGCUUCUGAAGAAGUGGUAUGGCCAGGAGACUGGCUACAAGCCUCUCACUCAGUCGAUCGAGGAGAAUCUGGAGGGCAUCGCGUAG